AUGGGUGGUCAAUCCAUGACACCACCUGCUGAGCUGCCGUCCUCAGACGACAACAGCAUUCGAAAGAGAGUAUGCAAAGCUUGUGAUCGUUGCAGGUUAAAGAAGUCGAAAUGUGACGGAGCUAGUCCUUGUGGUCGCUGCAGAGCAGACAAUGCAAUUUGCGUCUUCGGCGAGCGCAAGAAGUCUCACGAUAAAGUGUAUCCAAAGGGCUAUGUGGAAAUGCUCGAGAGUCAACAGGCACAAUUAGUGGCAGGCAUACAAGAACUCUAUCGACGCUUACAAGUAGGAGAAGGUUGGGAAGGGCCUCGUCUGAAAGAGACAGCUGGAGGGACACCACUGACGCACGAAAUAUUGGACCAUUUGGGUGCUCUAAAGCAUGACAACCAGCACAGUUCCACAACCUUCGAGGACAGCCCGGAAACACUGCAGAGCAAGUUAUCGGUAACGACUUCUGCGUCGGUACGGCGGGAGAUGUCCUUUGACACCAGCUCUUCGUCGAUUUCGUCACCUAUGUUCGAACCCGUUCAGCACAAUACGACACACUUCACAAACCCAUGGACUCACAACCACUUCCCACCUACACCACCUUUGCAGAGUCCUCGACCAUCAAUAACGAAAACAAGCUCGCCAUUGAGAGCUCAAAUGACCAGCAGCUACUGGCCUGUCGAUGCUUCUCAAUUUGUCGAUUCAAUGGACUAUAAUACGGUUUACGACUCGCCAGCAGAGCUGGAUUUACAGUCCAUGCAGACUCUUGCACAGGCGUUUUUCGAUCCUACACAGAUGUCAAUUCAUCCUAGUCUGACAAUGUACGAUCCAGAUGAACGAUUACAGCGUUACUACUAA